UCUCUCUCUCUCUCUCUCUCUCUCUCUCUCUAUAAAUAAGUGGUGAGAUGAACGCGGAGGCGUCGAUUUCCCUCCUUCCAAUCUUCAUCACUCUUUGUUUUUCGCGAGGAAUUGGAAUCGAAUCUCUCGGUCUCAGGUCGGAGAACUCUUUGGAUUUCUCUUCUUGGCUUGAAGUUUGAUUUCUUGCGUUCCUCCGUUGGUAGAACCGACGUAAAAUUUGACAUCCGACUUGCUUCUGACGGGCACAAUGGUAGAUUCAAGCAAGGAUGUAAAUGGGGGCUUCCCAGGUGACAAGAAGAUCACAGUUGUUUUUGUGUUAGGUGGACCUGGCAGUGGAAAAGGCACCCAGUGUGCAAAAAUUGUUGAAAACUUUGGUUUCACUCAUCUUAGUGCUGGUGAUCUUCUGCGUGCAGAAAUCAAGUCUGGUUCAGAAAAUGGUUCAAUGAUCUCCAGCAUGAUAAAGGAAGGCAAAAUUGUCCCUUCUGAGGUUACUGUUGAACUUCUACAAAAGGCUAUGCUUGAGAGUGGAAACGAUAAAUUUCUUAUUGAUGGCUUUCCUCGAAAUGAAGAGAAUCGUGCUACUUUUGAGAAUGUUACAAAAAUUGAGCCAGAAUUUAUACUUUUUUUUAAUUGUCCAGAGGAAGAGAUGGAACAGAGACUUUUGAGUCGCAACCAGGGGAGAGAUGAUGAUAACAUUGAGACCAUAAGGAAGCGUUUUAAAGUUUUUGUUGAAUCCAGUAUACCUGUAGUUGAGUAUUAUGACAUGAAGGGCAAGGUUCGAAAGGUUGAUGCUCUGAAGCCUAUUGAUGAGGUCUUUGGAGCUGUAAAAGCUGUUUUCGACCCAUUUCAUGUGAAAGUUGAGUAGAGCUGCUGUGGACUGCGGUGAUAAUAACCUGCAUUAUAUAACAGAUCCAAUGUGUAUCUAUGCAAUGGCUUUCCCGGAGGGUCAACAUCUUGAUCUGCACAGAUGCCCUGGCAAUUGUCAACUUUGUUACACAGGCUUGCAAGUCACUACUUGGCAUCGCAAAGACACCAUCGCAGGCCCUACUAGGCAAGCUUUAUCCCCUUCUAGCACUCACUUGUCUAGAAAUCUUAAUUAUAAAGCUCACAACUCCGCUUCUUAUGGUAGAACCGGUUCUCAGCUUUUUGUAGUGCCCGACGAGCCUUGUAGCUCCUCAAAUCUCUUGUCUAAGUUCUUCCGAUUUACCAAAGUGUUCCAUGGUUCAAUUCA